AUGUCUUCGAUGUCGGAGAUAUUGAAUUUUGUGAUUGGCUUUUUGGUGUCCUUUGCAGCUUCAGUUAUGAACGCCGUUGGGCUUAAUUUACUAAAACUGGAUCAUGUUAAAAACUUACAUAAGCCUUCAGAAUCACAACGACAUGAAUGUGGCAGACCAUUAUGGCAUUUUGGAUUAUAUUUAUAUAUUAUGAGCCAACUUGUAGGAAGCACUAUUGCGCUAAAUUACCUUAAAGCACAAUGGGUCGCACCACUUGGUUCUAUUUCACUCAUCUUUAAUUUCGUAUUUGCUCGAAUGCUAGUGGGUACGAGGAUCACAAAGGCUGAUAUUAUCGGCACAUUUGUUGUAAUAAUUAGUGUGAUAUGGAUUGUAGUAUUUGGUGGAAUGACUGGCCAAGAUGUUGCCCUUUAUUGUUAUUGGAUUCUUCAGGAUGAUCAAAGAAAAAUGCGUGACAGUUUUCUUAAAGGGAUAGAGACAAAACGAUUGAAAAAAGCUGUGGGAAUGACCAUGGCUGGUGUAGGCGGCUUAAUUGCAAGUCAAACGUUAUUGUUGGCAAAAAGCGGUGUUAAACUUUUUUAUAUAUCUGUUACCGUUUCCAAUCAGUUCACUGAUAAUUUAAGUUAUUUUAUUCUGGUUGGUCUUCUCAUAACAGCUGUGCUUCAGGUUUGUAAAAAUUUAGAACUUAUGCCAAAUCUCAUUAUAUUAUCAAUAGUGCCCAUGUUUUAUGGAUUUUAUACUGCCAUGGGUCUUGUCAAUUCUAUGAUAUAUCUUGAUGAAAUAAGAACUUAUCCUCUGUGGGCUCUCUUAUUAGUAACAAUCGGAAUUGCUACAUUAGUUUAUGGUGUAUGUAUGCUAAGUGCAUCCAAAGAAAGUUCUCCUGUAAUAACCGACGAAUUUGAUUUUGAAGAUGAUGAGCCAAAGGGUGGUGAUAUGAAUGGAUGGGAUACUAUGAGCGUUGAAGGUGGAAGCAAUACUGAAGGUUCAGAAACUGGAAUGUUAAAUAAUACUACAGAUAAGAAACGACUAAGUAUUGCAGGAAAACAAUUUGGUGAUGGCAGAAUAUUUUCAUUUUCAUCGAAAAGAUUCAGUAUUGGCAGUAGUUCCAGUAUUUUCAGGAUGAGCACAUUAAGAAGCAAUAAUUCAAACACAGAUUUUCGAGAUAUCAAGUCAUCACAUAUAAACAAUAUAGAUUUGGACAAUAACUCAUCUGCAUCACAGAUUACUAUUGAAAACGAAGAUAAAUUAUCAGAUGAAUUUACAACACAAACAAUAAUACCAAUUGCUUAUUCUGCGACAAAAACAUAUGAGGUAAAUGAUUUGAUGUUAUUUACUCCUACCGCUCCAAGUGAACAUUAUAUGAAUCUAUCUUCCUCACAUAAUCACCAAACAAGUGAUAACAACAUGCCAAGUACUUUAUCUCCGAGUCAUCAACGAACGGGGCAUGUAUAUCCGAGCGACGCAGAGUCUGUAGUUUUUGCUCGCAGCUUUGAUGACUUAUUGUAUCCAGAUGCACUUAAAAAUAAAGAUCUUAACAGUCAGACAUAA